UAACCAACAUGGCGGCCGUGGGAACGUUAUCUAGAGUUGCCAGACUGAGUUCAUGCAUCGGCAGAAGUCGCCGUUUAAUAUUUAACAGCACACAGAGCCGAGGAAUAGCUUCGUGCAUUGACCGUAAGCAUUUUGAUUUUCAAAAUAGUUAGUAGAGUAAUGCAGACUUGCACUACUAGCCAUCUGACGCGUUAGCUAGUUGGGAUGAGCUGAAUAGCUCGCUAAACUCGCUAACGUUAGCUGACUACUGUAGUAGGUAACUGACUGCAGAUAGUGUUUUGUUUUUCAUUGCUAAGUGUGCAUUUUCCAGCAAUGCAUUGCUACUUAAGUACUAGUUAGUCAUAUUGACCUCUGUUAGUAACGUUAGACAGUAACAACUAACGUUAUACUACCUAACUAGCAAUGUAACCUCUGGUCGAGUGUUUUGUCAAGUGGUACUCCAAAUCGUUAUUUUGCAGCUAAAGUAGUCGUGUUGAUACAUUGUAACAGUAUUAAUUAUGAGAAUGCAUGGUGGUCUACAGGCUGGCGUGCUUGAGGACAGCCACUUGAUUCCUAUUGGACGGCCAUGGCUCCUUUCCACCUCUCUGAGGCAGGGGUGUGUGUACUACGCCAUGUCCAGCUAAAAUGAUCUGUACAAUGACAACUCAAAACCUUCCCAAAUGGCCUGAAGACUAGACAAAUUGUUGUUGUUUUUUUCAGCAAGAGAGGAGUUGCCAUAUUUAUACAAUAAAACCUUUUUCCAUAACGUUAUCGAGUCAAUUAAGAAGGAAUAUCUUAGUAACGACGUUAGAAGCAAAAUUCGGUUUUCCUCAAAAUAACAUGACGUAAUAAAGGAAUUUGAAUAUGUCGCAACAGAAAAUAUAAUUUGCCCUUAAACUCGCCAGAUCAUUUUCCAUCAAUGGAUGUCGAUUUAACUCGUUUGACUGCUAUGAUUAAGCUAUAAGGCGUACAAGGGGGUAUGAUAUAUGGCCAAUAUACCACGGCUAUGGGCUGUUCUUAAGCAUUACGCCAAACGGAGUGCCUGGAUACAUUCGUUUGCCGAUGUAUAUUGACCAUAUACCACAAACCCCCAGGGUGCCUUAAUGCUAUUAUAAACUGGUUACCAACGUAAUUAGAACAGUAAAACAUAUUUUUUUGUCAUACCUGUGGUAUAUGGUCUGAAAUACCACGACUUUCAGCCAAUCAGCAUUCAGGGCGCUAAUCAGGUUUAUAAUUUUUAAUAAAUCCCCUUUGUGCAUGUUUAACUAUAGAUAAAUCCGACAGGAGAGUUUGAGUGAUGAAAGUUGGACAGAGGAUCUCAAUCUUUGAGCAAGAAACACUUGGAUGAAAAUAAACUAAUGUUAGGCUAUUUUCUGGCAAUUGUGCUAUUAUUAUGGCCAAUUUGCAAGAUUGACUUGUCAUUUCAAAAGGCAUAGGCUACAGACUAAAAUCUGGGUUUAUGAUUGUAAUUAAACUAUGCCAUGGUUUUCUUGGAUGAAGGCAGGUAGCCUAUAGCCCCUGAUAGACCUACAUCUAAUUUCAGAUAGUCUACAGUAGCCUAGACAAGAUGUAGGCAAGAUAUAAACUGAACGAUUUAGCAGCUUGCUUACUUCAAACAGACGAAUUUAUUCAACAUGAACAGCAAGGCGAUUUCGAGGUAAGAAGUGCUUGUGUUUCCCAAUAGCCUGCUGUAAUAGGUCAUAAUUUCAAUCACUGAAAUAAAUAUUAAUAAUAUAAAUAUAUACUGAAUAUGCUUGUCAACAACAGCCAGUGUUUAUUUUUAUUAGCCUAAUCUGACUACUGUUACACCAAUCUAAGGCGUUCAACAACUGAUCGGCAAUUGCGAUAGAGCUUUGAUAACUUCCAAUUUAAUUAACUAAACAUGUCCAUUAAUAAUUGCAUAAUAACAUAAGGCUACAACAACAAACUGAAGUUAUAGGCUAUUUAUUAAAUUGGUUUGCCAGCUCCAGGUAGGCUACACAAGUGGCACAUUGAUUUACAAUGACUCCAGUCAUUUCGACAAAUUUAUUGUAUCAAAUGGUAGCCUACAAUUGGCAUAUCAAUUAAUAGGCUACUUUAUAACCAACAGAGGCAAAUGUAUAAUUCUCCACAUUUAAUGUCAGUUUCAUUGAGGCCUUUUCCCGAUAAAAAGAACCACGUGAGGGAGUUCCAUAACUUCCAAAAUUUCCACUCGGGCAGCCCCCGAGACCCAAGAACUGAGCAUGCAUAAAACACUUCGCUUGAUACCGUUUUCUUUAAGCAAAGUCAACAUUAGAGUGCAGUUUAAACCACCUCGGAGCGAUUGAGUGCUUUUUUUGUCUCCAUUAUUUAUUGAUGUGCAUCAGUUCUAGCUUAAUUAAUAUGUUUUAUGGAAAAAGGUUUGGAAAUAGGUGCCUCCAUAAUGACAAUCUAAAUAGCCUACCUACAACUGGUAAAAAAGUUGUCACAACGUGCGCACGUGCUGCUCCCUCUCCUCUGGUUCACGUGACUCAGCCAAUCACUGUAGCGCUCUCUCAACACACGUAUCCCUCCGGGUCUCUUCACUCACUCAGCAACAGUGAAAUCUACAUUUUUUAAGAGAAAACCAUGGCGGCCGCGGUGCAACAUAGAAAUAGCCCAAAAACCCGCAACUCGCGAACAAUACAUUUUCACCCACGACAUCGUUUUCAAAGUAGCCCAAUUUGGCCGGAACAUGGCAACACUGUUCUGGCCUGACCUACGUUGACAUGGACGGAUGUGAUGUAAGGGCGUGUGUCAUGUUCAAUGGUUGUUUUAACUAUUUCUCUUCAUGUGAAAAAGUACGUUUAAAAGGAUUCUGGUAAUUUUGCCUUACUCUACAGUACUACCAUUGUCUUACACCACUAGGCUCUAUUCUUAACUUCUCCCUUGCAGCUUCUCAUGGCCUCAGCGAUGAACAAAAGGAGUUUCAGAAGAUGGCCUUUGACUUCGCAGCCAAUGAAAUGUCUCCACACAUGGCUGAGUGGGAUGAAAAGGUACAAUUGUGCAGUGCAGAUUGUUUAGCUAUAUUUUUGAGCCACUUUAAAAUCGGACUCCCUUUAAACCAAUCCAUAUCAAUGGAAGGGUAUCAAACAUAUGGACAUGUUUGACUCCUUUGCAUCAAUGCCAUUCCAGCCAUUACAAUGAGCCUGUCCUCCUAUAGCUCCUCCCACCAGCCUCCUCUGCAAUCACUAAUCCCCUUUUUGUGUGUGAGGGCAUUUAUUUGAACAUAAAAAGCAUAUUUUUUUAUUGUUAAGGAAAUCUUCCCGGUGGAGACCAUGCGUAAGGCUGCCCAGCUGGGGUUUGGGGGGAUCUAUGUACAGCCAGAGGUGGGGGGGUCUGGCCUGUCUCGCCUGGACACCUCUGUCAUCUUUGAGGCCUUAUCAACAGGCUGCGUCAGCACCACAGCCUACAUCAGCAUUCACAAGUAAGGCCUGGACAAUGCCAGCAUUCACCACAACAUUCAAACUCUAAAGUGUCUGCUCAAGAGAUACCCCUGCUUUUAAUUAAUAUCUAGUCAAAUGUCUAUAGGUGAUGUUUGGUGUAUGUAUGGGGUGUUCAUUAAUGGAUGCUCAUUUCUGUGCAGCAUGUGUAACUGGAUGAUUGACACCUUCGGCAACACUGAGCAGAGGGAGAAGUACUGCCCUGAGCUUUGUACGAUGGACAAGUUUGCCUCUUAUUGUCUCACUGAACCAGGUUGGUAUUUUGUUCUAAUCUUUCUAGUAUGUGAUAGUGUGUCAUGCAUUGACACCAUGAACCUGUAUAAUGUGGUUAUGAAGCAGUUUUAUUUCUGAUUCUCUUUUUGUCUUAUUGAAUCUCAUUUCCCGUUCACGUUUCAGGCAGUGGGAGUGAUGCUGCUUCGUUACUCACUACUGCAAAGUUGGAAGGAGACCAUUAUAUCCUCAAUGGUUCCAAGGUACUGUUUCUAAUUAAUCUCUGUACUAUAGCUGAUAUGAUAUAAUAAAUUGUGAUAUAAAGUGGAAGUUCCUGUCUCACUGUAUAUGUGUCCUACUGCAGGCCUUCAUCAGUGGAGGAGGAGACACAGACGUGUACAUAGUAAUGUGUCGGACGGGAGGGAAAGGUCCCAAGGGGAUCUCCUGUGUGGUGGUGGAGAAAGACACUCUAGGACUCAGCUUUGGCAAGAAGGAGAAGAAGGUAGCUGGCAUUUUAUUGAUGUUGAUAUUGUCUUAAAUUGGUCAUUUUGAAUACAAUCCUUAUGUCUUAUAAACUGUAAAGCAGGAACCUACAAACUUACAUGGUCUGUAGUUCAUGUCCUCAUGUCUAAGUGAAGCCAUGCCCACCAGGGGGCAUAGUUGUGUCAUAGUUGUGUUGAAGCCCUGAAGGAUGCAGUGGUUCUUCAACUGAGGCCUCUAUUCUCUCUCUCCAGGUGGGAUGGAACUCUCAGCCAACCAGAGCAGUGAUCUUAGAGGACUGCCACGUCCCAGUGACCAAUCGGCUGGGUCAUGAGGGAGAGGGCUUCAACAUCGCUAUGAGAGGCCUGAACGGAGGCAGGAUCAAUAUUGGUGAGAUGGCACCAGAUUUACCUUUUGUUUCAAUGGUUUAUUUGAUGGCCAUCUAUAUAUUUUUCUCAAGUUGGUUUUGCUUAACCCAUUUACUUCACACGUUUUGAAAACAACCAAGGCUCAGAUGUCAGCUACAUUAACUUACAUGUGGUUUAUCUGACUGCAGCCUCUUGUUCUCUUGGGGCGGCCCAUGCAUGUGUACAGCUGACGAGAAAUCACCUGUUAGUACGCAAGCAGUUUGGAGAGACCCUCUCCAACAACCAGGUAAGUAUCCCACCAAGUCUACAGCUUUGAAUUGGGAAAUACCUUUAGUAAUCCAAUAGGAUAUUUGAUACUGGGUUUCUUGACGGUUUCCCUCUGGGUUCCUUCUGUAGUUCCUGCAGUUUAAGUUGGCAGAGAUGGCCACCAAGCUAGUGGCGUCGCGUCUGUUGGUGCGCGAGGCUGCCCUGGCACUGCAGGAGGGCAGGUCUGACGCUGUUUCCCUCUGCUCCAUGGCCAAACUCUUUGUCACUGACGAGUGCUUCAAUGUGAGUCAAUAUUAGUUUUUAUCUCUUAAAAUGGUUCUUAGGGAUAGAUCCGAAAAAAAUAUGAAAAUACUGUGUUAUUUUAGUAUUUACUGUAAAACUUCCAUUAGCUAUUAGCCUGGGUGUGUAUUUGCUUAAACUGCAGCAGACUUGCGUUUUGACAUGCAGGGAUCAGUCAUUCAACGCAAGGUAGAGAUUCACUGCAGCAGACCCGCAAAAUGCAGACAGUGCUCGCUUUAUGACACUUUUCUGGGACCCAGUGCUUGUUAUAGGCCAGUGUUUAUUUGCUAAAAUGUGGAACGAUGCCCGGCCAUUAAAAGAGACCAGUGCUUGUUGAGACUCAACGUUUAAUGGACGUUUUACUGUAAGUGGUCUCCUCUUGCACACUGGUAAUGAUGUAGAAGUCUAUCAGAUGUAGCUGAUCGGUAUCUCUGCCCUCUCAACAGAUCUGUAACCAGGCACUCCAGAUGCAUGGUGGAUACGGUUACCUCAAAGACUACGCUGUUCAGCAGUUUGUCCGGGACAUCAGAGUACACCAGAUACUGGAGGGUAUACAUUUUUUAAUUUUUUUGUCAUUUAGCAGACGCUCUUAUCCCGAGCGACUUACAGGAGCAAUUAGGGUUAAGUGCCUUGCUCAAGGGCACAUCGACAGAUUUCACCUAGUCGGCUCGGGGAUUAGAACCUGCGACCUUUCGGUUACUGGCACACAUAUAUAUAUACAUACACACCUUGCUUACCAUGACAAAGCUGUCCUUGUGAAAUUGUGCUUUAUAACAGAUGGUUAAAAGUAUUUUAGUGGCAAUGCACACCUCUUUAUAAACUUGUGAUCACUAGCCACUGUUGUUGCACUGACAAAUUACUGAUGUUUUACGCUUUUAUAUUUCCUUUCCCUUUCAGGAACAAAUGAAGUGAUGCGGAUGAUAAUUGCCAGAAGUUUACUGUCAGAGUCUGGAUAAAUGUAAUGCCAUGGGCUGUCCAAAAUUUGACUUUCUCCUGUCUUGAAGGGAUGGUGGUGGCAGCCAUCUUGUGGUGUUUGACUGUGACUGGAUCCCUCAAGUAUCUUGAACUCCCCUUUUUUUAAAGGGGGAAAAUACUAUAGCAGUUUGGUUUUUGAGGUUACUGUAGGCUAAAGCCGUCAUUAGGUCCUCCUUUCCUGUUUGCGUGGAAUUAAAUCAUGUUAUGUAAACAUUAAUUUAGGUGUUUUAAGUAAGUUGCUCAUUGAGAGAUACAGUAUGGAAGCGGAACCAUGUUAAAUGUAAUAUUUCUCCAUGCUGUAUUUUGUGGUUAAUAAGUAUUAGUAUUGGGGUGAAGGUUUUUGGUUGUCUUGCAAUAAAAAAACAAUGCAUCUAUAUCAGAUGGUUAGUUUGAUGACAUCACAGACUCUCCUGCACAAAGUGGCCUUUCAUGUGUGUUCAGUUAUGAUGGCAACAUUUGAAACAUGAGCAAGUUUUCUCAUGACACAAUUCCAGUUUAGUCAGAAAACUCAUGUUUGUUUUUUUGAAUGUAGAAAACACUAAGUUAAAUGUAUCUAGGCGGGUUGGAUGACUGCGAGGUUUCAUAUACGGUGUGUGUACUAUAACAUUUGGUGCUCCAAUGUGACUGCAUUGUCAGUAAUUUACACUAAAAAUAAAACUAACUUGCGAUUUGACUUGCUGACAGCACAAGAUAAGUUUAAAUGUGUGCAUUAUUUCCUCAGCUUUGGUACUACAUUAUGAUAAGAACCAUGAAACAACCAUUCAAAACCAUGUUUAUUUAACAAAGUUUUAAAGGUCCAAUGCAGCUGUUUU